AUGGCCCAGGACCAGUCUUAUGCCUUCCCGUCGACCCUCAGAGCAGUUCAUGUCCCGGGUUACCUGAACUCAGGAGUGGACUUACUCUUGAGACAGAGUUUGGAGGCUGGAGAAUGGCGAUUGCACCCUCAGGUGAGCAACAUAUACGGACUAUGCAAGGCAGACGAGCAGGAGUUACUGCCAGCGACUCUGAAGGGGAAAGUGGUGUGCUUCAGAUAUCAGGACCUGCAGAAGAAGAUCAGACCUGUGGCCAGAGAGAUUCAGUUCACAUAUAUACCUGGCUUCCAUCCUGUUGACAGAAAGCUGUCUGAACCUGGAGCUCCAGUUCACACCGUUCCAGCUUUAUCACAUAGAGGUGCAUUGUGGAGAUCCAGUGAGACUGUGUUUCUUCUCAGUGGGCAUGAUCAGCGCAUACAACUUUACAAAGAGAAUGCGUCUCUGCACCAGUUUGAGGAACAGCCAGUAGAAAGACUCUUUCCUGAGCUGCAGGAGCUGCCAAGCAAUGUGUUAUGGUUAAACGUCUUAAGCAUUGAACAAAAUCGGCGACUCACAGCGUUUGGAUGUCAGAAUGGUUCUGUGGGACUUUCUCUUGUCAACCAAAAGGGACCUGAGAUUCUCCAAAACUGGCGUGUGAAGCAUGAAAGUCCCAUCUGCACUGUGUUGCUGUUCCCUUCGAAACAGCAGCACCAGAGCACUGACACAAACAGCAGUCAAAGGGAAUCAUUUCACCUGUUGGUAACCAGUGCAAUAGAAAUGGCUGUUGUUUACAGGGAUGUGGAGAGGUAUGGACUGAGCAGACAGCUGUGCUUGGCAGAAAGUGACCAGUGCGAUGCAGUUCUCUGUGCUCUUGUUGUUGAUCUGGACUUUGAUGGACAACAUGAGUUGUUGCUGGGAACAUAUGGAUAGGACCUACUGUGCUACAAAUUUCACCAACCAAUGGGAGCUUUUGAAGAUAAGUUACAGUUGCUGUGGAGAUGGAGUUUUAAAAGUCCCCUGCUGUCACUGAUUUAUCUUGACCUGGAUGGUGACGGACUGAGAGAGCUAGCCAUUCUUACCUUAAAAGGCCUGCAUAGCUGAUUCUUCAAGCACAG